AUGGGCAUUUUACCCGAGGUGAUCAUGGUCACCCAACGGUCAUACUUGAAGCAGUUGCAUCACAAGAUAUGUGGAUUUGGCAUGCUUUUUUUUGGUUCUCUUGGUUCGAUUAACGACAUCAACGUUCUUAAUCGUUCACCAAUAUUUAACAACAUAUAUGAUGGAUCUGCACCGGAUUCUUCUUUUCAAGUGCGUGGAACGCCAUAUAAGUAUGGUUAUUAUCUGGUCGAUGGAAUCUAUCCUGAGUAUGCUGUGUUUGUUAAAUCUUUUACAACUCCACAUGGUUCUAGACGAAAGAAAUUCAAGAGAGCUCAAGAAAGAGCUAGGAAGGAUGUUGAGCGUGCUUUUGGAGCUCUGAAGAAACGGUGGUUCAUAUUGAAAAAACCAGCAGCUUAUUUAAGCGAGGAAAAACUUCAAGAAAUCAUGUAUACAUGUCUUAUAUUGCAUAACAUGAUUAUUGAAGACGAAGGAAGAGCGAUAUGUGCGUUUAACGAGGAAGAAACCAUACCAGAGACACAACCAAUAGAAAUUGGUGGCGAAGAGUAUAUAAACAAGAGAGCAGACAUAUGUUGCGCUGAAACAUUUCACAAUCUUCGCAAUGACUUGGUUGAACACAUUUACGGGGUUCAAAACAUUAACCUUAAUUUGGAUCCACCAGAUGACUCCGAAGACGAGUUCUCAGAGAACGACUUUAUGUAG